AUGACAAUUUCGUGCCUGGUGAGGGCGCGCGAUUUGGGCUUGAGAAUUGAAGUUAAGCUCAUGGAACAUUCAUAUCCCAAAGGCAAGGCCAUCGAGCACCGUGACAGGGACCAUUCUAUUUUUAGCACAGGUCUUCCCUUCGACGGAGCCCUAUAUACAUCCGAUCUCCGCGAUAACCAUAAAUGA